AUUUUAUAAAAAAAUAUAUCGCAAAUAAUGAAAAUUUUUGUGUAUAUAAGACACGACAAUUGUCAACGAGACAUCACAAGUAAUUUGAUCAUGAACGGAUUGACAAUUACAUUUGUUGUUGCCUGUGCAGUUGCUUUGGCAGCUGCACAAAUGCCUGGGAUGCCUGGAAUUCCUGGAAUGCCAGGUGGAGGUGGUAAUCUUGGAGGUGGAUUCGGUGGUGGAUUUGGAAUGGGUGGAGAAAUCGGAGCUGGUGCUGGUGCUGGUGGGGAUGCUGGUGCUGGUAUGGGAGCGAAAGCUGGAUUUGGUUUUGGAGCGCAAGCUGGUGCUGGAAUGGGCGGUGGAGCAGGAGGUAUGGGGAAAAAGAGGAGCGUUGAUCAAUUGCUUGCUGCUGAACCUCAGAUUUAUUAUGCUGGAGGUUUCAGUGGACAGUACGACAGUACUCAAGGGACUCAGGUAUCAGGCCAAUGGACUAAAAGAGUCGAUGAUUGUGUAUCUCAAUGUAGUGUUAAAUGUGAUCCCAAAAAUUGAAUUGAACAAAGGCAAAAGAAUGGGUCGCUCACCUCAAGCGCCACCUUCAGGCCCACCUUCAGGCCCACCAUCGGGUCCGCCACCGGGACCAAAAUUAUACUAAAGUCCACUGAUUUUACAACAAAGAGAAAAUUUUUCUACUGGACAUGAUCACGAUUGCACUCUAUACAAUACUAUAAACAAUAAAAUUCACUGUACAUUAAAAAUGUAGUGGCAAUAAAAAUAAAUGCAAGUUGA